AUGCCAGUUGGAAACCAGUUGAGGAUCAUCCACCCUUACCAAACAAUGCUAGCAGACUUCAGCUAUUCGAUCGUUUUACUGGGACGUGGUGAAGAAGAAGAAGAAGAAGUAGAAGGUGGUGUUGCAACAGAUCUCGUCAAAGUGUCGUUGAAUUCCACCCUUACAGCUGUCAGAGGAGCUGAUUUUUCCCGUCUCCUGAAUGUCAUUGGAAACAUCUUUGAGGUGGAAGGUGAUACAAUUGUAUUUUAG